UAUUUGUUUUUGUAUUACAACGGUUUAACAUCAUCAUCUAGUGAGUUGCAAAAAUAACUCUCAUCAUAACAAAAAAAAAAAAAAUGGAUACGUCAACAAAUUCAGAUACAAGUUCCGAUCAACUGUCAUUUUGUUUCAUACGGGGAUCUGAUCCUCGAGCAGCAACAUGCCGUGGCAAAUUACAAACUCGUCGUUGUAAAUUGAAUCAAGAAAUAAACAAAGAACUUCGAUUACGUGCUGGAGCCGAAAAUCUAUUUAAGGCUACCACAAAUCGUAAGCUACGCGACACAGUUGCCCUCGAAUUAAGCUUUGUCAAUUCCAACCUUCAACUUCUGAAGGAACAAUUAGCCGAGCUAAAUUCAUCUGUGGAAAUUUACCAAAAUGAUAGUCAAGACAGUGUUAUGCCAAUGAUACCACUUGGACUAAAAGAAACAAAAGAAAUAAACUUUUUAGAACCCUUUUCGGAUUUUAUAUUGGAGCACUACAGCGAAGAACCAUCUAUAUAUACCGAUGCUAUUGCUGAUAUAACAGACACACGGCAGGCUUCAAAAACACCUUCAAGAGACUUGCAAGGUGUUGCUUUGCUCUUUCGCUACUACAAUCUACUGUACUAUGUCGAAAGGAGAUUCUUUCCACCAGAUCGAAAUUUAGGUGUCUAUUUUGAGUGGUAUGAUUCUUUAACAGGAGUCCCAUCAUGUCAGCGUACAAUAGCCUUCGAAAAAGCCUGCACACUUUUCAAUUUGGGAGCAAUUUACACACAAAUUGGUGCACGUCACGAUCGAACCACAGAAAAAGGACUCGAUGCGGCUGUGGAUAGUUUCUUGAGAGCUGCAGGCAUCUUCCGACACAUCUACGAUACAUUCACAAAUGCUCCUUCAAUGGAUCUGAAACCACAGGUGCUGGACGUUUUGGUUUCUUUGAUGCUCGCACAAGCUCGUGAAUGUCUUUUCGAAAAGCUACAACUCCAAAUUGAGUCACUAUUACUUACCGAAUCAAGUCAUCUUUUUAAAGAUCUAGCUGGUGAGGCUGCACAAUUGACAAUGGAAUACAACGAAAUGCACAAAAAUAUUCAACUCAAUGAUACCCACACAUAUUUGCCCGAAUGCUGGGCUGGAUUGGUGCCCCUGAAAGCUGAAUAUUACAAAGCAUUGUCACAUCAUUAUGAGUCGCGAAGUAUUGAUGCAAAUGCAGAUAGUACCUCAUCGCAUGGAACCAGUGGGAAGCGUAGUCAGACCACCGUGGAAUCAUUUAUUGGUAAUGCGGAGGAAGAUGCUACAAGUAGUAGCAUCUAUGAAGAUAGUGGGUGUGCGAGUGCCUUGAAACGGGCACACCUCAAAGAAUCAUUAGCUAGUCAUGAGGAGGCACAGAGACUGCAACGUAUGUGCCGGUAUUUAAAGAACAAAACAUCACUAACGCAGGUGCUUAAGGAAGCUCACUAUAAAACACAAGACGAAUAUGAGAAAUACACAGAAGAAAGAGUCGAAAAGGACAUUGACGAAGACUUUGAUUUGAUUGACGUCAUUGUUGAUGCUUGUUCUAAAUUCACACUCUCACUUACCGGACCUGACUUCACAUCAUACAAAGUCGAAGACCCGUUCAAGCGACUAGGACCAAUUGCAAUCUUUUCUGCGAGACGACAUUGGACCGCACCGAGAUGUGUGCGACUUCAAAAGGGCUCCACAAUGUACCGCAACGGAACUGCCUACCAUUGUCAUUGUCCGGCGGCUGACCAGCACGAAGUUGGAUGUAGUUUGUACAAAGAUGAUGUGGACAGCUUUGGGUUCCAUGUUAGAGGCGAUGCACCAGUGAUUAUUGCCCAUGUCGAGAUGAAUUCGUUAGCGGAUCUGGGUGGUAUAAAAGAAGGUGACUUUAUUGUUGAAGUCUCUGGGGUCGAUGUUAAAUGGUACUCACACCAACAAGUUGUCCAUGCAAUUCAGGCUGCUGGUUCAACUUUGGAAUUGAAAGUCAUCACACCAAUGGAUAGAAACUAUCUUAAGCCCUUAUCAUCGAAAGGAUCUAUAUCCACUUUAUCAGCUGCCAGUUCUUCGGGAGUCUCAUCAGGCUCAUCGAGUCCCACGGGUACAACAAGUUCAAAACCAAAACUUCGAUGUAAGACACCGAAAAACCGUCUGGGAAGUAUCUCGUCAAGUUCGUGGAAUCCCUUUAGGCGAACUCAUAGUUUGGGUAAAAUAUUUUAGCACAAAUGCUCACAGUUUAAGUGGGUGUGAAUUUUUACAGUGGCCAUUCUUCUUUCAGUUGGAUUAUUUCUUAUCAAACAGACAACAUAAAAAAUAUAUCUUCUUUCUUCCCUGAUACCCAGAUUUUAUUAUUCCUUCUGUACAAAAAAAAAUAUUCUUUCUAAUUUAAGCAUCUUCGAUAUAAAUAGUUUUUUAUUAUUAAGAUAUAUUUUCUGUUUGCAUGUUAUUUUUUUUUUAAAGAAUUUUUAUUUGUUUUAUUUUCAUUUAUUUUCCAUUCGAUGGAAAAUCAAAAAAUUGUAAAAUAUCAAGUAAAAUUAAUUUUUAAGACGGGGCUUCCGGGAAAAUAUGAAAGGAAAGAUGAAUUUGAUGAAAA